UCUGCCUUUUGGCAACAGUGCCCGAUUAGCAGAAAAUAUUUUUUAGUGACAGUCUAUUGAACAAGCAAAUGUUGUUUCCUGCUCAAUACUCCGAUGUGCCCUCACGAUUUUUCUGCUCAAGUGGAGCAGAGAGGGACGAAGUUUAUGGAAACAGUGGCGAGGUCGGAGAACGGCUGAAAUGAAGACCCCAACUGAGAAAGCUUAGACUUUUACUUUGACGCAUAACCUGUAUCUUUGUUGUUGCUGAUGAAUAAUGAAGCUUCAGCGGCGACUGCAUGGCGUCAAAGCUUUCCGUUUCAAAGUUUUCGUCCUUGUUCUCUUCCUCGUUUUCUACUUGUUACUCGUCAACAUAUUUGUGGGUCCUGAGAGGUCACUCGUUAAUAGUUUGCUUUCCAAAUUCAAUGGUCACCCCAGACGACCUGUCAGAGAGCUUGGUCCUCAACACCAUGUUCGACGAGAAAUUGAUCCUCAGCUGCCCUUUGCCCCGGGAUCUUUCCUGCGAGGUGAGCAGCCGCACAAUGAAAGUUACUGCUGGUUUAAGUACGGAACCAUUGAUUCGUUUGAUUGGGACAAUGUGACCAUUUCUGUAAGCCCUGAACUGAAGAAAAGAGGCCCGUACAGAGUUAUCUACAAUGUCAUUGAAAGCAUGUCAAAGAAGAGUGACUCCCAACCAGACGUAACAUAUUGUACACAUAUCACUCCCUCCUUCCAGUGCAAUAUACUUGAAAUUGUGCGAAGAUGGGAUGGUCCAGUGAGCAUUGCUGCCUAUGUACCAGAUUAUGAUGCCACUUUAAGUCUUCUUCUCUUCCAAAGAAUGUGCCAAUGUCUUCCAGAAAUGGCCCGAGUUUCAGUGCAUUUUGUAUUUCCUGAAGAGUCACCACCUGUGUUUCCUAAGUCGUCUCAAGUGUCAUUCAGUAGUUUGGAGUCCAUUGAUGCCUUCAUUAAGUUUCCUGCAGACUGCUCAUGCCCCGAAGCAGUUUUGAAUGGAACAUUGAGAACCUUUCGUGAGGAAAGUGGCCUAACUUACCCAGUGAAUGUUGCCCGGAAUGUGGCUAGAGAGGCAUCACACACAAGUCAUGUUCUGGUAUCAGAUGUUGAACUUAUGCCAAGUCUGAACAUGGUCCAAUCAUUUCGACUCUUACUCAAAAGUUACAUACCAGCCCAAGCGUCACCUGCAAGGCAUGUAUUUGUCCUGCCAGUUUUUGAAAUAGAGUCAAGAGUUCGAACCAUUCCAAGCACAAAAGAAGAGCUCCAACAUUUGUACAAUGAAGGGCAAGCAGUGUACUUUCAUCGCUGGGUCUGCUUGCAUUGUCAGCGUUUUCCAGGAUUGGAACGUUGGAUACAACGCAGGAAAGGAAGCCCAUUUCCAGUAAGCAACACUGUUGGGCCAGCCCCACUCAAGGCUUUGAUGGUGGUUAGACGGGAGUUCCCCCACCAUAGAUGGGAGCCAAUUUAUAUUGGAACAAAAAAUGAACCUUUGUACAGUGAAUAUCUUAGUUGGGAAGGCAGGCAAGAUAAAAUGACACAGAUGCAUGCAAUGUGCCUUUUAGGGUAUCGCUUUGUCAUUUUGGAUGGAGGUUUCUUAGUUCACACCCCAGGGAUGAAACGGCCAGGACGGAAACAUGCCGAAUCAAUUGCCUGGCGCCAACCUCAUGAAGAAGUAAAUGCCAAACUUUAUGAAAGGAUUGUACGGGCCACUGAAAACCGUUUAGGUAGUCGCCCUGCUACAUGCCGAUUACACUGAAAGGAAAGAUGUUUUCCGAAGAUACUUUGGCUAUUUUUAGAAUUUCUUCUACUUCAUUAUUCGAAGUGCCGUCCUCCAAAUCACACUUUAAUAAUAGUGGUAACGACUGCUAGAAUUUUUAGGCUGCAACAUUUUAUAGACAUAGUCCAUUGUUUGUUUUUAACUGUCUUGUUUGUUUCCAAUUUUUUAAAAACUUUUUUGCCUAGUAUUACAUUAGCUCAGAAUUGUUGAUUAUUUUUAAGCUGUUGCAAAGUUUAGAAUAUUUAUCCUGAACUGUUCUCCUGUUGAAGGAUAGGAUUGGAUCUAAUAGUUUUUGAAUGUUGAUAUUGGCUGAUCGUUAGUGUUAGUGUCUUGGAAGCAUGUUGCGAAUUCCAUUACAAAGAUCUCAUGGUUUAGAUUGUAGAUGUACCUUUUGUGCAGUCCAUCUUAUAAAUGUGAUAUCUCUAUGCAAAUACAGGAAGAAGUUGGUUUAGAUUUCUGCAUUGUUGUGCUCAAGAAAUUUUCUGCUCAUCCAAUCAUUUCUGGUAUUAUUUCAAAAUAGGGCAAAGAGAUACAACUACCUAACUGGUAUUUCUUUGAAAGGCGUAUGCAUUGGAUGGACCACAGAAGCAGAGGUUAAGAUCUCAUUAGAGCAUUUUAGGUUUUGGACUGUUUUAUCUUUUUCUUAUUUGCAUGUAAUUUUUUCAAAAAUUUGUGGAUUUUUUAUACCUACUACCACACUUGAUUGGGAAAAAAAAUCAUUUAAGAAACCAAGUUGCAAAGUUGUUUUACAUGCUGCAAGGGAAUGCAUUCCUUAUUUUCAAUAACAAAACAUAAAACAAAACUGAAAUUUAGAGCUAAUCUUCUGGCCUAUGCCUUAGACUGGUUGCUGCAGUGACAAGGAAAUUUUGUAUUGCACUGAAUAGUGUUUUGUUAACUAUCCCUAAUAUGUAGGGCCUAAAUGUCUAGUAUGCUCAAGAAAAUUUGUCAUGUUUUGUAAAGUUCAAAGCUGCUAACACAUUUUUUGUGCUUGGUUGCUUUCCAUAUCAUGUGAGUGAAGUUGUGUUUGAGGGCUUACAUCUGUUGGUUGUGUAAUCUUGAUCAAUGUCAGUGCCUUCCAAGUCUAGUAGUAGAUCUAGUGUGGAACUUAUUUCCCCAUUCAAUAGUUUAGUUUAUUUCUUCCGAGCUUAUGAAGUAAUGUUAGUCUUUUUCUACUACUUUGCUUACAUGAAUUAUAACUUUGACUUUUUAACACUAUAUUGCCUUUUCAGAUGGCAUUUUGACUUUAUAUGUCUUUCUAUACUCAUGAUUUAAUUCUUGUUCUUCUUGAGACAAUAAGUGUUCCAUGUUUUUAAAAUUCUUCUCUUUUAUAGGGCUGUGAAAACUACCUAUGUAUUAGAAGCACAAAUACUAGUUAGAUUGUUAAUGAUAUUUAGAAUACUGUCCUCUAUACCCUUUUCUCUCUCCCCUCUCUUCUCUUUCUCUUCCAUUUCCAAUAUUUUUCUUUCUUCAUUUGUAAGUUUCUUUUAUAUCAUUAUUGUUACUUGAUUCUUCCAAGUUCAGCAACUCUUAGAAUUACUCAUUGUUAAUCAAAAUUUUUCAAGGGUCCUCUUUUUCUUCUUUGUUUUUAUUUUCACAAGAGGAGGACAUAGGUCCUUGCAGUAACAACUAGAAGUAGGAGCCGUCCUGCCCUAAAACUGAGAAUUAGUACUGUAUCAUGGAGACUUCUCAGGUACGUUUAUCAUCUUUUUUACGCCUUAUGUGAUACAUGUAUUUCUAGUCAGUAGUGUUAGUUUUUUACUACAAGUCCUUAAUUACCAUUGUGCAGCGCACCAAAAAUGAAGUCAAGCUUUGAAAAUGGAUUUUUUGGAACUGUGAACACUGUUUGGGUCGAUGGUAGAAUUCUUUCCCCCAUUCUCUUUUCAGGCUGUGACCUAUGCCCCCGUACUGGCGGAUUAAAGUAACCCUGUUAGAUCUUACUUUACCAGAAAUUGGCCCUUGGGAGCCGCGGGUUAAACUCUCUAAGCGUCUCUAAACGCUUGCACAUGACAGAAAGGGUUUCUAAUGCAGAGCUCUACAUGUUGCAAAGAGAGGGGUUCCGUGAUUGAUUGAUUGUUUUGUUUGUCAGAAAUCCAGUAGAUGGUGUCCUUGUUUUCAUGUUUACUUUUGCAAUUGUUUUGUUGUUUCUGUUACUCCCAAAGAACACAAAAUCCUCACCAUGAUGUCAUCUGAUGUCAAAAUGACUAAUUUAAGUCAAAAUUUUGAUCAAAGAAGCAUAAGUUUGGCAUUUUGACUUCCUUUGACUGCUGGGUGACUGUCUUGUCUGUGGGCUUCUCUUCCAUUAAAGUAAAAGGAGAAUGAAAACGCUUGUUUGUAUGUGUCCCUGUGAAUCAUAUUGAUGUGAAUCGUAUUUCUUGAAUACAAAUUCGGAAAACUAAGGACUGUACUUUGCAAUUUUCAAAAAUGCAAUAAAGGUGUAAUAAAGAACUGAUAAUGGAAGCAAGAAA